AUGGAUGACAGUAUAGGAAGCACAAUCUCCACCGUUUCUUCGACAUUGGCAAGAAAAAAAGGAAAACAUUCUGAUGAAUGGAAAAAUGAGAAACUAAAAAUAUUAAGGUAUUCGAGUAAAGAACUUCCUGAAUAUCCAAAGUGUAAACACAAUACGAAAGCCUAUCAGUGUAGAUCAUUAAAAAUGCAAGACAUUUUGACGUUCCAUGAAAAUUUCUACCGUUCCAAGGACAAAAUUCAGCAAGAUAAUUUUAUAUUAAACCAUACUAGUCUAGAGAAACCUAAACGACAUCGCCCGAAAACAUCUUCCCGUUCAGAAAAGUCUUACACAUUUAAAUAUUUUGUUCGAAGAGUAGAUGGUAUAAAAGUACCAGUAUGUAGAACAGCAUAUUUAAAUAUUCUGGUUCUUAAAAGGCAUCGUGUCCAAGGGGUAAUGAAGCGUUCUUUUAAAUGCGGCGGUAGUGGAGCAAAAGAAACAAGGGGAGGCGAUCGAAAAAGUUCAAAAAAUAUUUCCAAAAAAAUGGCAGUUAUGAAAUUUAUCGAAUCUUUCACAGCCCAAGAACCGCAUUACUGUCGCUCAAAAACGUCUGUUAGGCUAUAUUUACCGUCUGAGCUCAACAUCAAGUCCAUGUGGAAAAUGUACAACAAAGGUGUUGAAUUACAUCUUAAAGUGAAGCAAUCAUUUUUCCGCAAUAUUUUUAACAAACAGUAUAACUUGGGAUUUGGAACUCCCAGAGUAGACGUCUGCUCCAAAUGCUUAGAAAUUGGAGAAAAAAUUAAAACGGAAAAGGAACCAACUGAACAACAAAAUUUAAUUACACAACAUAGGGUGCACAAGUUAAAGGCUAAGGCAUUUUUUCAUAUGCUGCAGGAGAAAAGAGAUGGGUUGCUCACUAUAUCUUUUGAUUGUCAAAAGAAUAUGAGUCUACCAAAGGUGCCAGACCAAAGAGCCUACUUCAGUCGUCAGUGGAACUUCUACAACUUUACUAUUGUAGUAGGCAGCUCACAUGAUGCUUUAACUAAAAGCAAUGUUCAUAUUUAUUAUUGGAACGAAACAGAUAGGCCCAAAAGUUCCAACGAAAUUGCUAGUGCAGUUUUCCACAGAUUAUGCCAAACAGAUUUAAAAAAUAUUGACACCGUCCGUUUAUUCGCUGAUGGCUGUGGUGGACAAAAUAAAAACACCACUUUGAUGGGGAUGUUAUCAAAAUGGCUUGUAUCGUUCGCCCCAGAAAAUGUUAAAACAGUUCAGGUUAUCUUUCCCAUUGUAGGUCAUUCGUUUAUACCACCCGAUAGAGUAUUCGCUCAAAUAGAGAAAAAAUUAAGAAAAAUUGAAAUUAUAAUAAAACCUGAAGAAUAUGUAAAUAUUCUUAAAGACCAUGGAACUGUUUGGAAUAUAAAUAAUUUGGAAAUAAAUGAUUGGAAGAGUGCCACACUGGAAAUUAUAAAGCCUCCAGGACAGUGGCACUUUAAAUUCAACCCUUCAAAAAGGUUUAUUUUACAGAAGACCACAAAACGUAAUAAUAUCACUAUUCGGGGUGAGGAGGCUUAUCGUGUCGAUCUAGGAAGUGACAAAUUAGUAGUCAAAAAAGGAAAAACUGUCAAUAAUUUAGUUCCUCCUCUUUUAACAACUGGUAUGGCUCCAAAUGCCAAGAAAAUCAAGGACGUUUCGGCACUUUUGGAAGCGCACUAUGGAGCAAACUGGCGAGAGUUGGAAAAUUUAAAGUUCUAUGCUACUGUUGAACAAUCUACAGGUGAAGCUCCUACAGAUGACUUGGUGUGUGAGGAAAUAGAAGAAAGAGAUAUUUAUGUCUAA